UUCAAAGAACAGAUUUACUGAAAUUCCUCCUGAUGUCUGGCUGUUUGCACCACUGGAAACUUUAAAUUUGUAUCACAACUGCAUCAAAUCCAUUCCAGAAUCUAUUAAAAACCUGCAAAUGCUUACCUACCUUAACAUUAGUCGAAAUCUUUUAUCGACAUUGCCAAAAUACCUGUUUGAUCUUCCACUUAAAGUUCUGGUUGUCAGUAAUAAUAAGCUGGUGUCCAUUCCAGAAGAAAUUGGAAAAUUGAGAGAUCUAAUGGAGUUGGAUAUUAGCUGCAAUGAACUUCAGGUUCUUCCCCAGCAGAUAGGAAAAUUGCAGUCACUUAGAGAAUUAAACAUAAGAAGAAAUAAUCUCCAUAUGCUGCCAGAUGAAUUAGGAGACCUUCCCUUGGUAAAGCUGGAUUUUUCUUGUAAUAAAAUUACAGAAAUUCCCAUUUGUUACAGAAAGUUACGUCACUUACAAGUUAUAGUUUUGGAUAAUAAUCCAAUGCAGAUACCACCAGCACAGAUAUGUUUAAAGGGUAAAGUACAUAUAUUUAAAUUCCUCAGCAUUCAGGCGUGCCUCAGAAUAGAUAAAAAGCCAGAUUCUUUGGAUCUUCCGUCAUUAGGUAAACGAAUCCCUUCCCAGCCACUCACAGACAGUAUGGAGGACUUUUAUCCCAAUAAAAAUCAUGGACCGGAUUCUGGCAUCGGAAGUGAUAAUGGAGAUAAAAGGUUGUCCACAACAGAACCAUCUGAUGAUGAUACAAUCAGCCUUCACUCCCAGGUAUCAGAAUCAACAAGGGAACAGACAUUAAGGAAUGACAAUCAUGUAAUGGGAAGUAAACUUGAUCCACAGAAAGACCAGGAGGUGUACGAUUACAUCGACCCGAAUGCAGAAGAGGGAGCUGUUCCUGAGCAAGGAGAUGUACAGACUGGAUCAUUGCUGUCUUAUAUCAAGGAACGGGGAAAACAUCCUGAGAAAUCCCAAAAAAUAGAACAGAAUGAGGACUGGGGAGAUGAAAAAAGACUUCAGAAAGAACAGCUGCUGGCUGAAGAUGAUGAUGAACUCAAAGAAGUGACUGACUUGAGAAAAAUAGCAGCUCAGUUACUGCAGCAAGAACAAAAACACAGACGAAGGCCAUUAAGCUAUAGAACUUCAUUCAGUGAAAAACUCUUCCAGAGGACGAGGGCGGCAGGACGUGCAUCAAGGCUUCUCAAUCAUUCGGUUUCAGUAAGCACAAGGAACAGGCCAAAGCAGCCAAUGGAGUCUGAAAAAUGUGUCUCAACGGAUGAGGUGAAUUCCCCAGUGUCCCCAUACAGCUGGCAGCCACUGGAAAACCAGAAGGAUUCAAUGGAUGAGCAGCAUUGGCCAGAAACACAGCCAGUGAUUUGGCAGAAUGAAGAAAGGAGGAGAAGUAAACAAAUUAGAAAAGAGUAUUUCAAGUAUAAGUCUUCCAGAAAGAGUUCAAGUGGAAAUGAAAAUGAGGAGCAAGACAGUGAUAAUACUAAUGUGUCCCCACAGUCUCCUGUGUCGUCUGAGGAUUAUGAAAGGACAGAUAGUAACACUCAUGGUCCAUUUGGUCUCAAACCAAGGUCAGCUUUCAUCCGUGCAUCACGCCAGGACUACGGUGCAGUCGAUCCUGGAUUUACAAUGAGGAGGAAAAUGGAGCAUUUAAGGGAAGAAAGGGAACAAAUAAGACAGCUUCGCAAUAAUCUUGAAUCAAGGUUAAAAGUAAUUUUGCCUGAUGACAUUGGAGCAGCAUUGAUGGAUGGAGUAGUUCUUUGCCAUUUAGCCAAUCACAUAAGGCCACGUUCUGUUGCCAGCAUUCACGUACCAUCGCCAGCAGUGCCUAAACUCAGUAUGGCAAAGUGCCGAAGAAAUGUUGAAAACUUUCUUGAUGCUUGUAAAAAAUUGGGCGUUCCACAGGAGAGACUUUGCUUGCCUCAUCACAUACUGGAGGAAAGGGGUCUAGUGAAGGUUGGCCUCACAGUUCAAGCUCUGCUUGAAUUGCCUGCAUUGAAAGUAUCUCAGCUUUCGUCCAUGUGACGUGACUUCUUGGAAGCUAGACAACUUACCAUUCGAUCUGUUGAUUUGGAUUGUUCUGAGGCAGUUCAGCUUCUGACAUGGGAACACUCAAGCCAUCAAAAACUAAUAUCUGUCCAGAUGCUGUAGAGACCCUUACUUUGGAGUUGUAUGUGAAAGCCUUGGAGUCAGCUAACAGUUAAAAGGACAUAAUUCUUAUUUUUUUUCUUUUGUAGUUGGAUGCACAAAGAGACUGUGGUAGCAUCAGGUUGUCUUUCCAGUUAAUUUAAGUUAGGAGCUGCCAUUUAACAUCUCAGUGUUACAGUUAAAUGCUGGAUUUCUUUUCCUACAUUGAAAAUGUUGUUUGAAUUUAAUUUAGAAGUACAAAGCACACACCCUCCCUCACUUUAAUCUUUCAAGUCAAUCGUUUGAUUUAAAGGUAAGACAAAAAUGUAGCGAUGGUAUGAUGGUAAAAAUGCGUGUGACCGAUCACUUAGAAUCCACUUUCACACCCUCAGAAAGCUUAAUAUUUGUGUUCUUUAUUAUUUGCACUCCUGAUUGUAACACACACUUCUAACAUUGCCAGUAUUUAGUCUGAGUGUAUGGUGAUUACACAAAACAGUAUACAAUGGGAAAAGGACACAUUUUAUUGGGUUUUUCCAGUCUUCUAGAUUGGUGCCAAAUAUUUUUUUCAGUUGUACUGUAGAUUGUUUACAUGUGAAGUGCCUGUGUAAUUGAUAACUCUUAAUAGUCUUAAACAUUUUUGAAAUUUCUUUGUUUAAAAUAGAUAAAAUGGAAAUUUUUAAAUAUUUUAAUAGUUUUUUGUAAAAUCAGUACGUGAAGAUUUAAGUAAUACUUCACAUUUUUGAUGUUGGGUGUUUUAAGUUUCUUGCACAAUUUAAUUGGUUAUUUUGUUGUCUAAUAAUUAGAAAAUGCUGUAAAUACUUUUUAUUUAUGAUAUUUAAUUUGAUAAUACCUAAUCACUUUUGGUUUAAUGUAUUGUUGAACAAGAAAAAGUUGUCUACUUUGUUUGGGACAAAUACACACAGUAAGACAUGAGGACUAGUGAUGCAUACAGAGUAAUUUAGGACCUUUUGAUAAAACUGCCAAAAUCUCAGGUUUAUGCUGUGACUUUCAGGAUUUUGUGUAAUAUUGCUCCUGAUCUCAUGUUACAUUUUUACAACAGGUAUAUCCAUAAUUUAAUUGGGAAAUAUCAGUGUUUUAUCUUUUUAGUGUUUACAGGAUUUAUUGUGUAAUUGACACAAGUGUGGCAUAGCACACAAAUCAGUUUGUACAAAUGUCACUGUGCUGAGACAUUAGAUUUUUCUGGGUAAAUGUGAAAGAAAAACUUCCACCCUGGUGGUUUUCUGAAAGUUCUGAGUUUAUAUAUUUGUUUGCUUCUGCACAAUUCUCAGUGUUUUGAGAACAUUAUGAAACCAUACACAAUUGAGUUCUCCAAACAAGUUGGAAAUUUCAUAAUUUUAGUAAUAAAUCUAUUUGCAUUAGUUUGUACUUUGUCAAUAGGUAGUUUAAUUUAAAAAAAAAAAAAGCUCUGACUGUCACAGAUCUUCUGUUUCAGGCUAGGUUAAUUUCAGUGGGGGGUAUGUUUGCCAAGCAUAUUACAAGAUUUGAUUCUGUUCUAUCCAAUUGAUCAAGACCCCAUAUAAUUCAUAAAAGAAUGAGGGAGGGGUAUCAUUUACUCCUUACUUCAUUUAUUAUAGUCCUUAAAAUCAAUAGCUGAGAGGAAAAAUAACAAACAUUCUUUUUUUUUAAAGAGACACAUUAUUUUUAAAUCCAUUGAAACAAGCUGAUUCAUGUGUAAUAGUUAAAAACUACUCUUAUUCAUAUAGUUUUUUUUCUUAAAAUACAGUUCAUGGAGGCUGGUGUAAAAUUUAAUUUGCAGAGUCCUAGAUAUAAAUCUUGGGUUACAUAAACACUUGUUUAAAGAAACUGGAUUACUUUGACCUUUGAAAUAUGGUAUUUCAAAUCUCUCAAUUGGUUUUUAAAUUAUUCACAUAGUACUCAUUUUAACAAGUUCAAUCUCUAUUUUUCAUUAAAGGCAGUAUUUGAAAAGUCAUGCUAAGACUGAAAUGAAAAAGUAAUAUAAUUCAUUAAGCAUUUGAAGAACACAACCAUUCAAAAAGAGUAAGUCAAUGUCUUUCAAUUCCUUGCUGUGGUAUUGACAACAACAACAGAAGUUCUAUUUCAGUGUGUUAGCCAUAGAAUUGCUAACUGUAAAUUGUCACUUUCAGUUAUCUGGCUUAAACUGAUCUACACUAUUAUUUCAUUUUCAUAUUUAAAUGUUUUGUGAUCUUAAAGUAACCUUUUUCCUACUAGAACUAAAUUUAUAAAGUUAUAUCGCAGUAUAAACAUCAAUAAUUCCCUUGAUGUAGCAUGACAGAUGCUUACCGGGGGGUUUUAAGCUUAGCUUAUUUCCUAAGUAACUUGAAAACUGGAUAUGAAAUUAAUGUACUCAUUUUAAACUGUGUCUCUGAAUUUGAAAAAUACUAAAAUAGCAUAUUAUUUGUUUUUAGUGCUCUGGAGUUGUUCUUCCCCACAAACUUGAUAGAAACAAUCUUGCAUUGCCAUUCAUUGGAAUUUAUUGUGGCCUCCUUCAUGCUUAUGGGGAAGGAUAAUCAUGAUUCUUCCAGGGCUUCCUUUUUAGUAUUGCAAAGAUUAAGGCCUUCAGGUAUCCUUAGGAGCAAUCUGAGAAAAGGUCCAGUGUGCCUGGGUGAAUCUUUUCUCAUUUUUCUUUAGCUGCUUUUACAGAUAAUAAUGACCUAAAGAUUUGCUAAAAUUGGCUAUUCCCAUUGUGAUUUUUGUAGAAGCAGUUGCAGAAAAGAUGCUAAAGAUUUUCAUUUUAGGUUUCAAUUUUAGAGCAGCGUGUGGAAAUUAUUGCCGUCUUCUUCCCUGUACAAGAAUUUGCCUGCUAUCCCCUUUCUCCCUUUCCAUUUGAUUCCCAGCAUCUUCUUUCUUUUGUUUGUUCAUAGAUUUGGGUACUUCACAUUGUUCAUUACUGCAUGCCCCUCUCCUCCUUCCUCUUUACUUUUUUAUUUGUUAAGAAAUUACUCCACUGGCAUUGGUGAACUGUGAUUCCAGAAUUCCUGGUAUCAACUUUUAGUAUGUUUGAGAUACCUUUUUCUAUUUUUAUUUAGGAUGCAAUGCCAAUACUAGGUACAGCUGAUAGGAUGAUUUAAAACAGAGGUCUGCACAAUUCCUGUUGUAGUUGCUCAGUUUUUACUUUGGAUAUGAAGAAAAGUCAACAGUAAAAGCUUUAGGAAACUAAAAGUUUGCCUAAUGAAUUUAGGAGUAAACUAGGCUGCUUUAGUUACUGUGACUGCUAUACAAAGAUACUGCAGUAAUGGGGUAUGAACUGUAAAUUACAGAGUGAAUCAACAUACUGACAGGGCUUCUGGCCUUGUGUAUUUUUUAUGUCAUUGGAUGCAGUAUGUCACACAUGAAUGAUCUUUCAUUUAAGCAAUAAUGUCCUAGAUAUUGAGAUCUUAAAGCAGUGGCAUUAAAAUAAUUGUUGGAAAAUGUGGUGACUUCCCACACAGUAUCUCAGAAAUGCUUCACAUCUAUUAUAUAAUACUGCUAAUCCAGUGUGCUAGCUGGGGCACUGCUGGAAAUGCAGAAAACCAUCUAUACUCAUAUAUCUGGAGGCCUUCCAAAAUAUAACCAAGAACCAAAAUUAUCAUAAAAUACGGAGGAAUACAUUUGAAACAAUAAGUAACUAUGACAUGAAUCAUAAGAAUUUCUGGGUAAAAUCCUAGCUUUGCUGAAGUCAAUGCAAGUUUUGCUCUUGACUCCAGUAAGAUUUUUACCUUUUUGAUUUAUGGAACACCUGAAGUGGAGACCGUAGUAAAAAUGGCAUUUAAACAUGUUUGACACUAGCAAAGGUAUAGUGUCAAAUUCUUGACUUAAAAUAUUGGUCUCUGGUAAGUCAAAAGAAGCUGUAAAAUACACUCUGAUUCAUUUAUUUAAUAUAAGUUUUCUGAUUUGCUAUAUACAGUAUUAAAAUGGUAGGAAAAAUUACUUUGAAGCACAGCUUUCAUACUAUGGGAAGGUAUGUCACCUCAACAAAAUUGCAGGUGAGGUCUAUCAUCAGUUAUUUACUGCACUAAAAACUUUAUUUCAAAUCUUUUUUUUUUAGCAGCAGUCUUCUCAGAUUGACAUAAAUCUGUAGCCAAAUUCAAACAAAAAAUGAAAAACCAUCUGUUGUCCCUAAACCCAUAUAUCCAUGUAUCUUCCCAAUAUUAAAGAGAAGGCCAAAGGUCUGACACUUCUUCCUUCUGCUGAUUUCAUAAAUGCUUGUAUGAAAGGCAGCUGUUGUAACUAACAUAGCUGCAGUCUGCCUUGCUCAGAAUUGUUCUGUGUACAAGUGCAGAGAUGAGCCAUGUUAAUUCAGCUGAUUUUGACUGAAAGCAACUUGUGGGAGUUUUAGCACUUUCUGCAUACAGGAGAUGAUUUUCUGUUGGCAAAUGAAAUUUCUCCUGUUCCUCACGAAGUCAGGCUAACGUAUGUGUUUUUCAAGAGGUACAUCAUUAUUAAACAGUGACUUGAAAAACAAGAGUAGAUAACCAAAACACCACCCCAGCAUACACAAAACUCAGGAAAUAUUUCCUGUCUACAGGCAACUCUUAGGAAUGAAGUCAUUAAGUCCAGGAAUGGGAAAGGCAAAGCCCAAGCAGAGGGUGCUCUGAGUUGGUUUCACUUUGAGUCACUUCACAGUGAAAAGCCUUUAGAUUUUGUAGGGAAAUAGAUGUGCUGUAGCUACUUCAUGCCAUGGGAGGUGGAUCCUAAAGUACAUGGAGCUUUCUGUAGAGGUUACAAUAACGAGAAAUUUGGCAUCUUUGUUUUCACAAAGACUGUAUAAUUUGGAUAGCUCUCAUCCCAGUGCUGCAGAAAGCAUUGUUGAUGGUGCAGAGAACAUUGUGCGUAGCUGGUGCCAUUUGCAUUACAUCUGGCUUUGUAAUGACAAGAAUGGCCUGUGUGGUGCAAGUUCUGAAGGAAACACCUCCUUGCUUCAUGCUGCUGCCUCCUCCUGAAUUGACCAGCAUUCUUUUAGGUAGAUGUUUGCAAUCUGAAUAAAAACACUAAGGAAACAGUAACUUGAGAGUAAUAGAUAAGUACAUAUUUACCGAUAUUUAACUUUCACCAGCAAAGAACCACGUAGUGAGACAGAGAAAGCCUGCUCUAGGAACUACAGAACUUCACUGACUGAAAAAUUGCCCCAGGACUCUUAACAGAUUAGAGUGUCACUUUGUCCUCUCAUGUGAGUGAACCAAAACAGUAAUCCUAUUUCUUGUUCCACACUGUGCUAUACGCGUAACUCAUUUACGAAUAGAGGGAAGAGUGAACUUUUUUGACCAGGAAUUUUAUGGCACAGAUCUCUUUGGUAAAAUAAAUAUGAAGGUUAAAAAAUCAUUCUCCUCCUGUGAAGAAAAUUUCUGCUGAUUUUGACUGUUAAAGUAGAGAACAUAUGUGAUUAACUGAAUUUCAGUUUAAACUUGCCACUGCACAGGAGCAGUUCUGGCUCCUGUGUUUCUUAAUAAAAUGCUGCUUUGCUUUAUUUAUCAUUAAGUAAUUCACAUAGUACAAUUCUGAAAACAUUAUCUUAAAAUUGUGGUUAUAUGCAGUAUUUGUUCCCUCAUUGGUUUUGAUGUUUUUCUUUUUUUUAACAUGGGAGGCAAAGGGAAGCAAAAUUUCUAUAAGCUACCUGAUUAACUUCCAUGGAAGGAGCACAAGUUGUUAUAAAAAUGAUAGAAUCAGUCAUUUUUAGUUCAGCUGUUUCAUAGCCAACUAUGCUUUCGAAGAAGAAUUUGUGAUUUUUCCCAUACACAUUUUGGAAACCUAAUCUUAAAACAAACCAACCCAAAAGUCUUUCCAGAACUACUUUAGUAUAUUAAUAAAUAUUGAAGGAGUAGCUCAAACUAACAGGAAAUUUAAAUGUUUUGGGAAGCUUUCAAUUUUGGCAGUGUUGGGUUUAUAGUUGGACUUGAUGAUCUUAAUGGUCUUUCGCAACCUAAAUGAUACUGUUGUUUCCGUGGAGAAAAAAAUAAAAAUAAAAAUUUCCCUCGAUAGUUUUGUAACUGAGCUAGAUCAAGUCAGUCAUUUAAAACGAAUACUUGGUGCUAAUGAGGAUUUCCUAUUGUGUGAGAUAAGGCAAACAUAACUAUUUUUUUCACAAUAGUUUUAUGAAGGCAGAUUGUCAAAUAGAGAAUAUUUCGAAAUAAUCACAAGGAUACUUUUUGGCUUUUUUUUUUUACUUUUAAAUAAAAGUGAACCAGUGAAAUCAUUCCAGAAUUGCUGUAUUUGUUUAGGAUUUAGUCAUGCCAUUCCUGGCAUGGGAACUCCCAUUGUUCAGUAUUUAAUAUGCUUUCUGGAGCAUGUGCAAGAUUGUGCUCUUUACACGCAAAUGUUAAUACAGUUGUGUUUACUGAAUCCAUGUGUUAGAUUAAGCAUUGCUGCAACUGCGGGAAUUCCUAGCUGCAACUGUUCAUGUCUCUUGCACCAGCAGGUAAUGCAGGGCUUUGAUUCCCAUGAGGAACAUAGACGCAGGCAUUGCAGAAGGGUUGUUUGGUGGAUUACAUUGGGAAUAGUGUGAAUACUUACUAUGUAAAGUGUAGAACAAGGAAAAUGUGUUUGUUUUAUGAUUCAGUUGGUAUUCAGUAUUUUAAUUUGUAAUGUGAUUAUAAAACUCAAAAUGCAAUGUAACCAAAUUAUCAAUAUGUAAAUGCGUGUAGGACAUGACAGAAGUAGUUCUGAAGCACAGUUGGAGAGUUACCAUUUUAAAAUAGAUGCUUAAAUUGUGUAUAUACUUGCAACAUCUUUGAUAGUGCAUUUUAAUUUUGCAUUUCAUGUUCUUGUAAAGUGCAUCUUCCACACUUCUGAAGAUUGUCUCCUUGUACAAUACUGUAUUAAGUCUUUUUUUCAGGACUUUAGUUAUUGCUGGAGCUUCCAACGUAUAUGUUUCUUCUGAAAAAUGUUCUUACUGUUACUUUUUUUGUAAAUAGUUUUUUGUAUUAAAUUUGCAUGGAUGAACCCCACAUUUCCAAGUGUACAUACUCAGUGUAUAAAAUACAAACUGUUUCAUAACUUUCAUGUAGUCAAGUUAUUCAAUUUGAUUUCACUUCAGGUUUUAUAUAUUCGUAGUAAAUAAUGAGAAUUUGUUGUAUGUUCUUUCAAAUGUCUGUGUUGCCAUUUUGAUAGAUAAGUGACCUGCCUCAUUACAUAUCAGCAAAUAUGUUCUUUUUGUAGUGAUGACAAACAAAAGAAAUGUUAACUUUUAUUCCAGGGAAAUACAGGACACUUUUACAUAUGAAGUAUGUAGGACUGGUUUUGACCAACAGCUGUCAUUGGUGAGAAUACAUUAAGAUAAAGAUGCCUUCACUUGUAGCAGCGUCUUUAUAUACUUACACACUUUCCUGUCUUAACACAAUGUGAAAACCACCUAAUGUCUUACAGCAUAUAUAUUUGGAACAAUGUAGGUUUCGAAUCUUGCUAAUAAGCUUAAUCCAGUACAGAAACUGUACAGGUGCUGUGCUUCCCUUCCGCUCCCUGGGUUAGAUCCAACAAUAGCACAGAUCACCCUUUGUGUGGUUUGCAGUCAUUAAUUGCUAGAACCAGCAUUAGGGAAACAACUGCCAUUGUUUGGACCUCUGGUUAGGUUAUUCAAAUGUAGGUUAAAAUAGAAUUCUAUACAAUAAAAUUGAUUUUACCUUGAUUUGUUUCUUUAUUAAAGAUCUGGCCAAUUUUAUUUCUAGAUCUGAAAACUGAAAGUAAAUAUUCUCUUUUGAGAUGUUUUUUCCUGUGAGACUUCAUUCCGCACCUGCACCCAGCUCUUUGUUUCUUGAUGAAGCACAAUUUGGGAGUAGGAAGCAGAAAUUGUGGAACAGCAUUACAAAUAAAGUGAACACCAUCCCUUGACAAAGGCAUAAACAGAACUUGUUUUUGCAGUUAUUGAUGAGGGGCUUGUGGUUAAAUGUUCUGUGAGUCUGUUUAGUUCCCAGCUAUAAAGAAAACUACUCUUAUGAAAAAGCCUUAAAGGUCUGCAGGGGGAAUGGUACCAUGUGCAGAGGCCUCAGUUCUGGACUGGACUCUGAACCAGGAGAUUCCUGGUUUUUCCUUGACCAUCUUCAUGGGGAAGGUCAUGGUUGAAUAAGGAAAGUGGUGUAAGCAAAAAUGAUCUGCGAUUUCCACAGGAGAUGUAUUGAGAAAAAUGCAAAAUGCAUGAAGCUUUGCAGUGUAAUUUUUUUUUUUUUUAUUUGAGCUUGGUCCAUUUGAUAAGGGUGCCACCAGUAUGUUCCUUUAGAUUAUCAACUGUGGAUAAUAUGACUCAGACAUGGACUUUUUUUCACUGAGUCAUGCGGUGUUAAAAGUUUUGUAAAUGGCAGGCUCCAGCUAUAAACAAAACAUAUAUGGUUCACACCACCUGCCUUGGUGAAGGUGCCUGCUGCUGGCAGGCUGCAUUGAUUCCAGCAGGAUUUGUGAACUAACGGCACUGAAUAAAUUUUACAGUUCUUUACUGCAGGGCUUCUUCCACCCAGCAUUUUUUCAGUAGUUCUUAGGUCUGUAUAGGUCUUGCUGACUGCAGCAACCUUUUCACAUGUCACACUGAGCUUAUUCACCUAUUUCCUAAAUCAAAGAUGGUGAACUACUACUAAAUAGAACUUUCUGUUUUCUGUUCAAGCUUGAAAUCUACAUCUUCUUCCAUAAUGUGUCAGAUACCUGCCAUGUAUGUUCUCAUGCUGUGUCUGCUUUUACAGUCUUCAGUGUCCUGCUUACAGACCAGUGGUACAUCUUGCUGUCUUCAGCUGCUGGUUUGCGUUGGUUAAGAUUCAUUGUUAGCCUUUUGACUUUCCUCUCCGAUUAAGAUAUGUCUACAGUGCCCCAGGCUAGCAUCACUGUUCCGAUACUCUUAGUUUGUGGAAACUAUAAGAUUUUGUGUGGUUUGUUUUUUUUUUUAAA